AGAAAACAGCUCAUUUGUGACACAAGUCAAAGCACCCAAUAGAUCUCUUACAUCCCAAGUUGCAACCACAGAAAAAAUAAUUUUUAAAAAAAAACCUGUACCCUCCUUCAAUCCUUAUCUGCCUUUCCUUCGCUCUCUUCCUCCACAAGAAAAUCUAGAUCCAAAGAAAAAUAACAUUCUCACACAUGGGUUCUAUUAUUUUCUCUCUCUUUCUUCUUUCCCUUGCAUUUCCUCACCAAACCCAUAAUUUCUUUGUGACUGCUGACUCAAAUUUGAUCCAGAAAACUUGCAAGAACACCAAAUACUAUGGUUUCUGUGUCUCAACCCUCAAAUCUGAUCCCACAAGCAAAACUGCAGACACAAAGGGAUUGGCAGUUAUUAUGGUUGGGAUUGGGAUGGCAAAUGCAACUGCCACCUCAUCUUACUUGUCCUCUCAACUAGUGAGGUCAAGCAACAAUGACACAAACAUGAAGAAGGUGCUCAAGGAGUGUGCUGAUAAGUAUGGCUUUGCUGGAGAUGCCCUCCAAGCGUCAGUGCAGGACUUGGCCUCGGAGUCUUAUGAUUAUGCUUCCAUGCACAUCAAUGCAGCUGCUGACUACCCAAAUGCUUGCCACAAUGCUUUCAAAAGGUACCCAGCUUUGGCUUAUCCUCCAGAACUUGCAAGAAGAGAGGAGGGUUUGAAGCAUAUUUGUGAUGUGGCUUUGGGAAUUAUUGAUAAUUUUGGUUGGUAAUUAAAUAUUGCCUAA